UUUAGCCCCACCCCCUGCAUCCGCCAUCUCCUGUUCCUACAUGGGAAGGCGGGCGAAUUUGAAAGAAGAGUAUAUUCGUUUACGUCCAAAAACAUAGAAAUUUGUAUAAUUUGUUUUAUACAAUUCCACAGAACCGACCAUACAGCAGAUUGGACCGUAUAAGUAAAGCUAAGGCACAACAACUUUAGUAUAACGUUGCAUGCAUCGUUUUUGUUGGUGUAAUCGUGGCAUUGUUCAUUUCUCGUGUGUUCGUCGUGUUGGCUAACGUUAACUGUCUAGCAGCAGUUUGCCGUUUCUGGAUCUGUAACGUUAUUGUCUUGCAAGAUGAGCAACAAAACCACACGAUUACCGUCGAGGAAAAGCAGCGAAGAAAUCAGAGAUUCAAACGGAAAGAGUCCACCACGAAGGAGGUCCUGCAGGUUGUCUGCAAAUGAUGAAAGUCUGGCCUCUAAAGUUGUGGCUCCACCUGUGGCUGUGAAACGGUCAAUCACUGUUAGGAAAAUUGCACCCAGGAAAACUCAGGCCCUGUCUGACAAUAACAAGGAGAAUGUGGAACGAUUAUCUGAAGUGCCGACAAAGCUGUCCAGAGUCUUGACAUCGUCCCCAGUUGUGGCAACAGUGCCCAAGACAGCUGUUCUCUCGCCCAUCCUGCCUCCUUCCUCUCCAUCUUCUCACCCCAAAAAAUCGGGGCAGGACCCCGUUUGGUCCCAAAAAGUGCGACGCUCCUACAGUCGCUUGAGUAUGGGGGAAAAGUCCUUUGAAAGCCCGAAAUCCUUUCAUGCACCUUCCACUUCUCCCAACAACCGAGAGACCCUGUUUGGUUUUGAGAGGCUUCAGACACCUGAGGUGAUGCGUAAAACUGAGGGAUCUAGAGUAGCUCCUCUGGGCUCUAUGUCCAUCUCACUGGGUUCUUUCAACAUGUCCGCUGCUGAUGACAGCACAUCAAACCCACCAGAAAUUGAUCAAAACAUCCCAGGUGUGUGCCUGGGGAAGAAGAAGACAACCAGGCGUAAGCGCAUACAACAGAUAAAGAUGUCAGAGUUGGACGUUCUUGCUGCAAAGAUGAAUGCUGAGUUUGAGGAAGCUGAAAGUUUUGAACUGGUUGUUGAAUGAAAUUUCUAAAGAGCCUCAUGCGCUCAGGACAUUUUCAGGACACGUCAUACCUUUCAACUUAUUACUUUUAUUAUUGUUCAUUAUGCUUACUGCCCGCUGUUUCUUCCUGUUUGCAAAAUCUAAACUUAGCAUGUUUAAAGAGAUCAAACAGUUUUGUUCUGAUAAUUUUUCUAAAUGCCACAAUCAUAAGUAAAUCUCUAAAUUACAAUGUUGAAAAACUUGUUGGUCUUUACUUUUUGGUUAUUUCUGUGUUUUUUGUUGUUGUUUUUCAUAUUUGAUGAAUCAGUUUUGUUAAAUUUUGUCAUUUUAAUAAAUAGCCUUUUGGAGUAGUAGCCUUUCAGAGUUGAAACUGCAUCCUUUUGUUAAAAGUUUCAAGUAUUUUUCCUAUGAUAAAAUGUCGGCAGAAAGGAUGAUCACUGGUAAUAUGUAAUACACUUUUCAUAUGACCUAUUUCAUAAAUAAUGUCUGGCUAGAUUACAUGUUUAAGAAAUGGAUAUAGGUAUUUCUAAAUUAUAGAUAAGUUGAACUAUAUACAUUACAAAUUUUUUUAAAUAUAUUUUUUAUUAUUUCAAACCAAGUACUAAUAGAAAUCAUUAUGAGCAAUUAUUGCUGCAUGUUGUGAUUUAACUAUGCUUCACCAUAGAGUAAGCACCUGAUCAUAUUAUUCAUAUGCGCAUCUGUUCUUUACUCUGUUCCAACAUGGUUUCAGAACAUUUGUUUAGUUGUAUGCAGUGUGAUGAGCAUGUCAAUACAAUCCAUCCAUCAUUAAUCUAACAGAAAUGGAUAAAGGUAUUUCUAAAUUAUAGAUAAGUUGAACUAUAUACAUUUCAAUUUUUUUUAAAUAUAUUUUUUAUUAUUUCAAACCAAGUACUAAUAGAAAUCAUUAUGAGCAAUUAUUGCUGCAUGUUGUGAUUUAACUAUGCUUCACCAUAGAGUAAGCACCUGAUCAUAUUAUUCAUAUGCGCAUCUGUUCUUUACUCUGUUCCAACAUGGUUCCAGAACAUUUGUUUAGUUGCAUGCAGUGUGAUGAGCAUGUCAAUACAAUCCAUCCAUCAUUAAUCUAACAGAACCUGAGUGCAUUGCAUGCUGAGGAGUCUGUACCUUGAAACUGGAUUAGCUGGCUAGCCAGGUUUUGUUUCAAUCCUGAGUUUUAGCUAUCACGAAAGUGACUUGGCUUUUAGCAGCAUUUAUUGCCAUAGUAACUUGUGCUGCACAGCUAACCCGCUCCAGUUUCUCUGCUGUUGUACUGCUGUGCUGUAGCACCACGUUGGAUUUUUCUGUCCCAGUGGAAUUCUCUGUCAUUUUAAAAUUAAAAUAAAGUACAUAAUAAACAAAA